ACUGAAGCGGGAUCCAAACAUUUAUCAAUCACCACUUUGGCAUCCCACUUGAAAAUAACAUGCGUAAGACUCUUGCUAUUAUACGUAGAAAUUUCAUCUCGCAAGGCAAACAGCUCAACCACCAACGGAAUGUCAAUGAACGUAUCCAUGUGACCCUUCUCCAAUAACUACGACGUAACUGAAAUUGAUUCUUGGAGAAGAGGUUGUUGGGUAUGUUAGGUCGGGCUCUGGUUUGAAUGUCUAGAGCUGAGUGACAAACAUCCUGGAACGUCCUCAUUCACAUGGAAGAACCAUUGGGAUGCUAAAGUCUAUGGUUGUAGAUUGUUGGCCUAAAAUAGAACCAUGCAACGGUUCUUUCAAAUUCGCCACAAUAGAGAAACAACUUGUAAAAUCAAAUAGGCGAUGAAACUGAACACGUUGACCUUUCUCAUCACAAUUCAAAUAGACAAACACAAGAACAUAUGAACACGAAUUCCCAUGGAAAUAUAGAAAAAAUCAGAACACCAGCCGACCCUACUGGUCACUGGACGAACAACAUGACAGUCUGAAAAAACAAAAGAACGAAUAUAUUCUUCCGAAAGAUAGAAGAAGCCCACUCGAUCUUGAAUCUGUUUACUGUUUUUAUAAGUUGGGCUGGGCUGGGCCCAAGCCACGAUAAACCAUAAUCUGGGCAGACGAGUAAAUGCCGACCACUGAAACGGAGCGUUUGGCAGCUGUCGGCGGCGAUAGCCAGCUAAAAAGCGACGGUGGCGCUCAUAUAAAAUGAAAAAAUUCCCCGCGCGAAAGCGACGGUGAAGCUUCCUACCAAAAAAGUCAGCAGUCGUCAAAAAAAUCAAAACACACGAUUCCUGCCAUUUCAACUACCGCUCGAUUCUCUCCGAUUGGCGUUCCGAUUCACAUUUGGAUUCUCCUCUGUGUGCGGAUUCUGAUGUUUCUCUCCCUCGAUCCUUGAGAAGACGGUACGACUUUUGUUUAGAUUGUGGAUCUGAAAAGAAAGCCGGUAGAGUAUGGCGGAAGGAAGCUUUUGGCCGGCGAUGGAUCUGUUGCGGUCGGAGCCAAUGCAGUUGGUUCAGCUCAUCAUUCCGAUGGAAUCGGCUCACCGCACUAUCUCUUAUCUCGGCGACCUCGGCCUCUUCCAAUUCAAAGACCUGAAUCCUGAGAAGAGCCCAUUCCAGAGGACUUAUGCUGGUCAGAUCAAAAGAUGUGCAGAAAUGGCACGCAAGCUACGUUUCUUCAAGGACCAGAUGAAGAAGACUGGUUUGUCACCUUCAACAAGGACUAUAAACACUGAGAUUGAUUUAGACAGUUUGGAGGUGAAGCUUGGAGAACUAGAAUCUGAGUUAAUGGAAAUCAAUGCAAAUGAUGAGAAGCUGAGGCACACUUAUAAUGAACUGUUAGAGUACAAGCUUGUUCUGCAGAAGGCUGGUGAAUUUUUUAACUCAGCUCAAAGCACUGCUGCUGCUCACCAGAGAGAGUUUGAAGCACAAAGUGGUGGAGAAGGUUCCAUUGACAGUCCAUUACUAUUGGAACAGGAAAUGACAACCGAUCCAUCAAAACAUGUUAAGUUGGGAUUUAUUAGUGGCCUUGUUCCUAGAGAUAAAGCUAUGGCUUUUGAGAGGAUUCUGUUCCGUGCAACCAGAGGCAAUGUGUUUCUGAAGCAAUCUGUUGUCGAAAAUCUGGUCGUUGAUCCAGCAUCGGGAGAGAAGGUUGAGAAAAAUGUAUUCAUAGUUUUCUAUUCUGGUGAACGAGCCAAAAACAAAAUUCUGAAAAUUUGUGAAGCUUAUGGAGCAAACCGCUACCCAUUCACAGAGGACCUUGGCAAACAGUUUCAGAUGAUUACUGAGGUUUCUGGAAGACUUUCAGAACUCAAGACUACCAUAGAUGUUGGAAAGGCACACCAGAGCAAUCUAUUACAGAGAAUCGGCUUUCAGAUUGAGCAAUGGACCGCCCUGGUAAAGCAGGAAAAAUCUGUCUAUCACACUUUAAACAUGCUGAGUAUAGAUGUCACAAAGAAGUGCCUUGUUGCUGAAGGUUGGUGCCCUGUUUAUGCAGCCCAUAAGUUCCAGGAUACACUGCAGCAGGCAAGACUGGACAGCAACUCACAGAUAGGAGGCAUAUUCCAAGUUUUGCAGACAAAGGAAUCACCGCCUACUUAUUUCCGUACAAAUAAAUUCACGACGCCGUUUCAAGAGAUUGUUGAUGCUUAUGGGGUUGCAAAGUACCGUGAAGCAAAUCCUGGUGUUUUUACAAUCGUGACAUUCCCAUUCCUUUUUGCUGUGAUGUUCGGUGACUGGGGCCACGGUAUUUGCUUACUGCUGGCCUCCUUAUAUUUAAUUGCUAUGGAAAAGAAGUACUCUAACCAGAAGCUUGGCGACAUCCUGGAAAUGACAUUCGGCGGGCGUUAUCUUAUCUUGAUGAUGUCAAUCUUCUCAAUAUACACUGGACUCAUAUACAAUGAAUUCUUUUCUGUCCCUUUUGAACUCUUUGGCCCAUCUGCCUACUCUUGCCGUGACUCAUCUUGCAAGGAUGCAUAUAAGGCUGGUCUAGUUAAGGUGCGUGACACUUAUCCAUUUGGUGUGGAUCCUGUGUGGCAUGGAACGCGGAGCGAGUUACCUUUUCUCAACUCAAUGAAAAUGAAGAUGUCGAUUCUCUUUGGAGUAGCACAGAUGAACCUUGGAAUAAUACUGAGCUACUUCAAUGCAAAGUUCUUUUCCAAUAACCUCAAUGUCCGAUAUCAGUUUGUACCCCAAAUGAUUUUCUUAAACAGCUUAUUCGGCUACCUCGCUCUCCUCAUUAUAGUGAAAUGGUGCUCGGGCUCACAAGCUGAUCUGUACCAUGUGAUGAUAUACAUGUUCCUCAGUCCUACCGAUGAUCUGGGAGAGAAUCAGCUCUUUUUCGGCCAAAAAUAUCUUCAGAUGCUGCUGCUCGUAUUAGCCCUUGUUGCAGUACCAUGGAUGUUAUUUCCUAAGCCUUUCUUGUUGAAGAAGCAACACGAGGAAAGGCACCAAGGUCAAUCCUAUGCCCUACUCUAUAACGCGGAUGACAACCUUGAAACCGAGCAUCAUUCCAGCUCCCAUGGUCAUGAAGAGUUUGAAUUCAGCGAGGUCUUCGUCCAUCAGCUUAUACACACCAUAGAGUUUGUGCUCGGAUCGGUGUCUAACACAGCAUCAUACUUGCGCCUCUGGGCCCUCAGUCUAGCCCACUCGGAGCUUUCAAGUGUCUUCUAUGACAAGGUUCUGCUCUUUUCAUGGGAGUUGAACAAUAGGGUCGUUCUUAUCAUCGGCAUUAUCGUGUUUGUAUGUGCAACUGUUGGUGUUUUACUCGUCAUGGAAACCCUGAGUGCAUUCCUCCAUGCAAUGCGGCUUCAUUGGAUUGAAUUCCAGAACAAGUUCUACGAGGGAGAUGGAUACAAGUUCUCCCCCUUCUCAUUUACUCUCCUGCUGAGUGAAGAGGAUGAAGCAGCAUGAAUAUAGUAACUCGUAAGUUCGAAUUGUUCUGAACUUAUGGUACAGAGGCUACAAGCAAUUCUUUUGAACUCAACAAUUGAGAAUGCACGUUAUAGUAACUAAUUCUUCAGGCUCCUGGCUGUUGGCAGGACGAACACUCUGGCUGGAUAUCUUGGCUGUCCCCUGCCGACUAUGAACUAAAUUCAUUGCAGUGGCAAUUGGUACAUCGUUGCCUCUAACCCGAUUCAUUUCUCUGCCACAGUUCGUUAAAUUUGUUCGGCCUCCUACAUUGUAUCAUCCAUUGGUUACUUCCUAGGUUAUACUUUGAAAUGUAAUGUAAUAUUCGUGUUGUGAAUAAUAAGAAAAACCGAUUUUUGUACCCUGCUAUUAGAAUCAAAUUCAAAAUGCAAGACACUAUCUAAAGCACAUUCAUCUGAUAAUCCUGCGCACGGUCUUCGAACAAUCACAAGCAAUCAGGAUAUAACUAAACAUUAAGCAUUAACAUAGUAUCGUUUACCUGAAUUCAAAUUACAUAGCAUCAAAGCUUAAGUACCACGGUUAUGCCUUACAAACCCAUUACCUAAAGACAGCAGUUUAUGCCUACAGAGCUUUUCUUCUUAUAUACACACAGGGCUCCAUUUUGCCUUACAUAAAUUAUGCAGGAAGCG